AUGAUUAUUGUUUACAAAUUGAAGGAUUUUGCGUAUUAUUUACGUAAAUUCUGUUAUUGAAAUAUUAUCAAAUAAUAAAUUAACAAUGUUUAAUUUAUGACGUAUAUGUAGUGUAAGUUUAUAAUGUAUUGUAAGUGAAUUCAGUAAUCGUUGAAUAUUACAUCAGUAGAGUCCUUUGUUCGCGUGUUUAAAAAUGGCAUUGAAAAUCGCAUUUCUUGGCUUAGUUUUAUUUAUUUCGCCUAUAUUAAGUUAUAAACCGGUGGUUUUAAUCCAUGGGGUCAUGACUGGGAGCGCUAGUAUGGAAAUGAUCAAAUUCAGAAUCGAAGAGCAACACCCAGGAACAAUAGUGUACAAUGUGAACAGAUUCGAGAGCUGGUCCAGUUUGGAGACGAUGUGGCAUCAAGUGUUGGAAAUUGGUAUGGACAUAGCCAAUAUAUCGGCUAGCCAUCCUGAAGGAAUAAAUCUUAUUGGGUAUUCCCAAGGAGGGCUGAUAGCGCGCGGCAUAGUGGAGACAUUCCCCAAUGUGUCUGUUAGCACAUUUAUAUCCCUGAGCUCACCUCAAGCUGGACAAUAUGGAGCCGGCUUCCUCCACCUAGUAUUCCCCGGUCUAGUCAAAGAUACAGUCUAUGAACUAUUUUACUCUCGAGUAGGACAGCACACUUCCGUCGGUAACUACUGGAACGACCCUUACCAUCAGAGCUUGUAUGAAACCUACAGUGUGUAUCUGCCUUAUAUUAAUAAUCAUAUUAAGUCAGCAAAAUCGGAGGACUUCAAGAAAAAUCUACUAAGACUGAAGAGAUUGGUGCUCAUCGGAGGUCCAGAUGAUAACGUUAUCACGCCUUGGCAAAGCAGCCAAUUCGGGUAUUACGAUGCGAACGAGACGAUAAUCGAAAUGAAAUCCCAGGAUAUUUACAUGGAAGACAAGAUAGGCCUUCGUACCCUCGACGAGAGCGGUCGUCUCCAUGUCGUGACCGUCCCAGGAGUCAACCAUUUCAGCUGGCAUAUGAAUAUCAGCAUCGUUGACGACUAUUUGCUACCAUACUUGGAUUAGAACCUUUUUGGAAUGAGAACUCUGUGGAAAAAAUCAAAAUAAACAGCUAAAAACCCUUUUUACAUGAAAGGAUUUUUUAGUUAUAAAUCCGCUGGCUAAAGUUCUUAACUUCAGAAGUUUAAAGAAAAGUCGGUAAAAAAGAUAAAAACGGCAAAAACAAAAUGUUUGAAAACGGUACAAAACAGUUUAAAAAUACAAUCUGCUUUUCAAAAUUAUUGAACAUUAUUUCAUUUUUUAAGGAAGGAAGUGGUGUAAUUUGUAUACUUACUACAAAUAAUAAAACGAAUUUAUAAUACAGCCAAAUUGAAUUUCGAAUAUAAGAAAGAAAGUGAUUGGUAAUUUAAAAAUAAAUAUUUAAUUAAGUAGACAAAUUUUACAUAACUAACUCAUUUAGUUUAUAGUUUUAUGAUUUAGUAGCUUUCUCGAUAUAUAUUGUAUCUCGUUUGCUAUCAAUACCUAAGUAUUUUUUGUCGAUCUGAUUUGAACCAUACGUUCUUUUCUAAAUAUGUAACUUCUUAUUGAAGUUUAUAUCGGGUGUGUCGUUCACAAUCACAUUAAAUGAAAUGCGUUAAUAUACUGGUUAAUAUAUGUCGAUUAACACAAAGAAAAAAUAAAAAUACG